UGGGUUUUUUCCCGACUCAGGACAGACACCAUCUUUGUAGCAGUUUUUCAUGAGCCAAUAAGUGUUUCCAUCUAUUCCCGCCUUGAAGAACUGAAACCCCAACUGUGUGAGAGAGAUGUGUGGAAGAACACGUUGUACUCUUAGGUCUGAUGAUGUUCCAAGGGCUUGUCACCGCAGUGAUGCUCCUACUCGUGCUCUCCAUAUGGACAGGUAUAGGCCGGCCUAUAAUGUGUCACCGGGCUCCAACAUGCCAGUAGUUCGGAGAGAAGAUGCAUCUGACAAUGGUGGCUAUGUUCUCCAUUGCAUGAAAUGGGGUUUAAUCCCCAGUUUUACAAAGAAAACAGAGAAACCUGAUCACUACAAGAUGUUUAAUGCUCGAUCUGAAUCUAUAGAUGAAAAGGCAUCAUUUCGGCGUUUGCUUCCUAAAAGCAGGUGCCUUGUAGCAGUUGAAGGAUUUUAUGAGUGGAAAAAGGAUGGUUCAAAGAAACAGCCUUACUAUAUUCACUUCAAAGAUGGACGUCCCCUUGUCUUUGCUGCUCUUUAUGACUCAUGGCAAAAUUCUGAAGGUGAAACACUAUGCACAUUCACUAUUGUUACGACCUCUUCAUCUUCAGCACUUCAGUGGCUUCACGGAAUCCGCUGCUACUACCUGCACUUGAAACACAACCCAAGAGAGCUUCCUCGGGUAGCAGGGGCAAUCUAUCCAGGGUGCCGAAUGAGCCAUUCACUUGGCCAUUGCAGGAUGCCUGUUAUUUUGGGCAGCAAGGAAUCAACUGAUACCUGGCUAAGCAGUUCUAGUUCCAGUUUUAAGAGUGUGAUGAAACCAUAUGAAGAAUCUGAUUUGGUAUGGUACCCAGUGACACCUGCUAUGGGGAAGUCAUCGUUUGAUGGACCUGAGUGCAUAAAGCAGAUUCAAGUAAAGGCAGAAGGGAACACGUCAAUCUCUAUGUUCUUUUCAAAAAAGGGAGCUGAAAGAAAAGACACAAAGCCGGAGCAGAAGUUAUCAUGUCAUGAAUCUGUCAAGACUGAACCUACAGAAGACUUGAUUGAAGGAGCAAAGACUGAUGAGGUAGACAAUGACUUGAAAUUCAGUGGUUCUUCCCAUUCUAAAAAUGCUUCUAUGCUCCCAAUUAAGCGUGAGUACGAGACUUUUUCAGCUGAUUCAAAGCCAGCAUUGGCAAGUCAUGAUCAGAUAAGCUCGACCCCUGCAAAGAAAAAGGAAAAAACAAAAAGUGCUGAUGACAAACAACCAACCUUGUUUUCAUUCUUCGGAAAGAAGUAACUACUAAACUAACGGGUUUUGGUUUGCAUGAACAUGAAGAUUGUUUUUGUUGUAUAAUAUAGUUCAUGUUCAAGGGGAGUUUUAUAUAGUAAUGCUUUUCUAUUACUAUAUUAUGAUUUUGAUGCUCACCAAAUGUGGUCUCAGCUUUUGCCUGUUAGAAUGGCAAAAUACUUCCAUUUUAGAUCAUUAUCUGUUUUAGUUGCAUGAUUGAGUAUUGUCAUGCCAAAUAUCUUUAAACAUUCUUGCAACGAAAUUCAAAAUUGGCAAUGAAUCUUGGGCCCUUGUUGACUUUUUAUUGCUAUUU